AAAGUCGUAAUUAGCAAAUGCCUUGUUUCUUGGUUUCAACUGUUUAAUUUUAUAAAUCAGGCGAAGGACCUAUUAAUUCCUAAGAAUGAGUAGUUCGCAAGGAUAUGAAAUCAAUUGGUUUCAUCCAGGGCUUUCGCGGGAGAACGCCGAAAAGCUAAUAUUAAAUGAAUGUUAUGAGGAUGGUGCCUUUUUAAUACGGGAAUGCAAUUCAGCUGUGGGGGACUUCGUUCUAACGCUUCUGUUUCAGAAUAAGGUGUGCCAUUAUCAGAUCCGAAGACAUGGUGGUGAUGCAUUUUUUUCAAUUGACGAUAAAGUAAAAAUUUUGCACGGGCUUGAGUCACUUGUUGAAUUUUAUCAAAUGGCCGCAAAUGGCUUGCCAACGAAACUAACGACUUUUGUUAAAAAAGAGUUACCACCAAACGAUGCUCGCCGUCAUGGUACUACCAACCUGUUGCACCGGGCAACAAAAGAGAACAAUUCAACAAUUGUUGGAGAGCUGUUAAAGUGUGGUUACCGCAAUGUAGAUGCUAAGAAUAAGGAUGGGCAAACAGCUCUACAUUUGGCUGCUAUUUACAGUGACUUGACUAUACUAAAGCUUAUUCUAGAAACCGACGUUAACGUGAAUUGCAUAGAUGUGUUCGGAAAUAUGCCGCUGCAUUAUGCAUGCCAAACAAAAUCAGGUUUAUUCAUCCGCAAUAUAAUUAAAGCAAACGCGAAUGUGCAAGGUCGGAACAUUAAGAAUGGCUAUGUCCCCUUGCAUGAUGCUGCUAAAAAUGGAAAUCUAGAAGCAGUGAAGGAAUUAUUAGAAUCACAUGCACCCCUACUACCGCGUACGACAUCUGGAGAAUUCCCAAUUGAUCUAGCUCGUGAAGCAGGUCAAAUUGCAGUUGUAAAUUUUUUGAGUGACUAUAAGUUGCCUGCUGCCAAAACUAAAAAAAAACUCUGGUAUCAUGGAACAUUAACUCGGGAGGAAGCUGUUAAUAAUUUGCAGAGAUUCGCUGAAAAGAUUACCGUAAUGUCGGAGGAACAAUUAGAGCAUAAUUUCAAUGUGCCACAAGCUUCGAAUGAGGGAAAGCUCAUCGAUAGCUCUGGUUGUUUUCUGGUCCGAUAUUCUGACCGCUCCGGAUAUGUUUUGACGCUUCUUUUCGAAGGUCAGGUUAAGAAUUUCAAAAUUUCACAGUCGUCUAAAUAUUUGUACAUUGAUGAAGGACCAUAUUUGCCAACAUUAGAGCACUUAGUCGAACAUUUUAUGCAUUUCAAUGAUGGUCUGCCAAUUAAUUUAAAGUAUGCAGUUCCACCAGAACCGAAACCACCCCAGCCUCUACUGUCUACUCUUCCUCGAAAUAAGUGUAAAAAUAAAACUUUAAGCAAUGAAAGAAUGCUCGAUGUGGAAUUAAAUGUCGGUAAACCCAAUCAAACUACUAUAAAAAAGCUACAGAAAAACAAAUAUAAAGAAAAUAAUUUAGUAUUAAGUAAUUUUUCAAAAAUUAAAUCGAAAGUUUUAACACCCUCUGAUGGAAAAACGUCUCACACGGAGUCAUCAAUGCCCCAAUAUAUGUUGGAAGAUUUUCCGUGUAAAGGACUCACGUUUUCUGCAAACUUUUCGAGUGUUGAAACUGAAUCUUUAAAAGGCAGUGCGGUAGAUUCUUCGACAAUACCUCCCAGUUCGCCCAACGUAGCAUUGGAUGAUAUGUAUAACGUUCCUAAAAAUAAUUCAGCCAUAGAAGCAGAGAUUGGCGAUGAAAUUACAUUAAAAUAUCAAGGAACCAAAUGCCAGGAUAUUUCCAAUAACUGCUAUUACAAGUCAAAAUGUGAUAAUUGGGCGCGUAUUGAGGCUGUUAAUCAUAACGUAUUUGUGUCUCAGAGCAAUAAUCGGACAGAAGAUAUUCCUGAAGAAACACAUAUCCAUAAGCCACAUGCCCCCUUGAGUGAUGUCACCGAUGACUACUUUAUUCCUCACGAAAACAUCGAAAUAGGAAAACUUAUUGGUGAAGGUGAAUUUGGGUCCGUCUAUCAAGGUCGUUUGAAAGAAUGCGUCCCUGGACUUAAUAAAAAUAAUUUCGAUGGCGAGAUAGCAAUCAAAACGCUGAGAGAUGAGCAUUGCCGCGCUAGUAAGAAGGAUUUUUUACUUGAGGCCUCUGUGAUGAUUCGUUUAAAUCAUCAUUGUAUAGUCCAAUUAAUUGGACUAUCUAAACGGGAGACUUUGAUGAUGAUACAGGAGUUGGUCCCUCUUGGGUCGAUGUUAAACUUUAUACAAAAGAACCGUAAAGAAAUUGAUCCAAACCGGGAAUUGAAACUAUGGGCGUCGCAAAUAGCUUGUGGUAUGCUCUAUUUGGAGUCUCAACAUUUUGUCCAUCGAGAUUUGGCAGCACGGAACAUUCUAUUGUCAUCAUUCCAUCAAGCAAAAAUAAGUGACUUUGGUUUAUCUCGCGCACUUGGGUCGGAAAAUGAUUUCUAUGAAGCCCAGCAUGGUGGUAAAUGGCCUAUUAAAUGGUACGCGCCAGAGAGCUACAAACAUGGACUUUUUUCGCAUUCAAGUGAUGUAUGGUCCUACGGCGUAACAUUAUGGGAAAUGUUUUCACUAGGGGAAGUACCUUACGGAGAAAUGCUUGGUUCUGAAGCUGUACAACUAAUUGAAGAUGGCAAGCGUCUGCUUCGGCCAACGUUGUGCCCUGCUAAUUUUUAUAACAUUAUGGAAAAUUGCUGGCAAUACAAUCCAAAAGAUCGCCCUACUUUUAGUUUUUUGAUGGAAUUUUUUAUCAAAGAUCCCGAUUAUCAAAAUAUUAUGGAAUUAGUUAAGACGAGAAGUAUUAGUUGAAUUAAAGGCAUGUACAAUAGUGUUUCACAAAAUUAAAGAUAUGUAUAUGUAGAAGUUGACAGAUUUACAUUAAGUACGAUGCGAAAUGGCUUCUACGAAAUUUCCAUUCGAUUAAAUAUUUAAUUAUUAAGUUAAAAAAAAAACAAUACUAAACGUGCAGAAAUGUUUUCUCGAAAAAUAUGUCACCGCAUUAUAUUAUAUAUAGACAUUUCGAAAGUAUUACCAUACGCCCUGUGCAAAUGUUUCGUAUUUCAUAUAAGAAUAGAGCAGGAAAUUAUAUGCAAUAGAUGUCAUAAUUCUACGCUUCUCCUGUUUUUAAACACUAUUUGUCAAUGAAAUUCUAACGAUAAGCUCAGUACAAUCGUCAUUUGUGAAUUUGUUUUUUGUGUUAGGACGAUUUAUUGGUAAGGAAAAUGAUUAUUCCCAUUUUAUAAGCUAUUAGUUUGUCGGAUUGUAAUACAACACAAUAGAAGCAAAAAAUAAAAGAAAUUGAUACUGGUGAGAAGAAAAUCAUACGAAAAUUGUGGACAA